ACCGCCUCUUCCGCCGCCGCCCCCGCGAGCCCGAGCCUUGCCCCAGCCCCAGCCCCGGCCCGGCCGCCCCGGCGUCACUUUGGAGCGCGGCGGCAGCUGACUGCGCGUUUACGACCGGCUGGGAGCCGCGAUCCCCGCCGCCGUUAUGAACAUCCGCAAUGCGAGGCCAGAAGACCUGAUGAACAUGCAGCACUGCAACCUCCUGUGCCUGCCAGAGAACUACCAGAUGAAAUACUACUUCUACCAUGGCCUCUCCUGGCCCCAGCUCUCUUACAUCGCUGAGGAUGAGAAUGGGAAGAUUGUGGGGUAUGUCCUGGCCAAAAUGGAAGAGGACCCAGAUGACGUGCCCCAUGGACAUAUCACCUCACUGGCUGUGAAGCGUUCUCAUCGGCGCCUUGGCCUGGCUCAGAAGCUAAUGGACCAGGCCUCCCGAGCCAUGAUCGAGAACUUCAAUGCCAAAUACGUCUCCUUGCAUGUCAGGAAGAGUAACCGGGCCGCGCUGCACCUCUAUUCCAACACCCUCAACUUUCAGAUCAGCGAAGUGGAGCCCAAAUACUAUGCAGAUGGGGAAGAUGCAUAUGCGAUGAAGCGGGAUCUCACCCAGAUGGCCGAUGAGCUGAGACGGCACCUGGAGUUGAAGGAGAAGGGCAGGCACACAGUGCUGGGCUCCAUCGAGAACAAGGUGGAGAGCAAGGGCAACUCACUUCCAAGCUCAGGAGAGCCCUGUCGUGAGGAGAAGGGCCUGGCUGCCGAGGACAGCGGUGGUGACAGCAAGGACCUCAGCGAGGUCAGCGAGACCACAGAGAGCACUGACGUCAAGGACAGCUCAGAGGCCUCCGACUCAGCCUCCUAGAGCCUGCAAGUGCGCCUCUCCCUGCCCUGGCCUGCCCAUCCCAUCCUCACCCGAGGUUUCACAAUAAACUUCACCCAGUGGCCUUGGGGGGUUUGUGUGUGCGAGUGUGCACAUUUAGGGGGGUGUGUACCUCUCUCAGUCCCCUCUGUGUCCCUGUGGAGGUGGACCUCACGGCCUUUUGGCACAGCGUGUCCUGGAAAGUCCAAGUAGAAGGGAAGAGCUUUGUCUGGGCUUCUGAAGGUGCAGCUUCCAAGUCUGAUUGACUUUCAGCGUCUUUGGGCCCUAGGGAGGGAGACCCUGGAGUACUGGGAGCCACUUCCACCUUGGGGACAGAUGCUCUGCCUUCUGAACCCUGUUCUUCACUGCCUUGCUGGGCUCUAGAUGCCUAAGUCCAACUGUUCAUUGGGCUUAUUCACUGAUGUCCUAUCUGGAUAAUGGCCCAACCAGCUACCCAGUUGCUGAAGUCCUAGUAAUUGUUUUUUAUUCCUUUCUCCCCGACCAUCCAAAAAGUCAGUGAGUUCUGUGUGUUUGACCACCAUAAUACUUCUUGAAUAUACCUUCUAACCUAAGUCUCAAUUUGAAAAUAAUUAGUAGACUUUAUUUUUAGUAGUUUUAGGUUUACAGAACUGAGCAGAUGAGUUCCCAUGCACCUCCUUGAUCCCCUCAGUUUCCCCUGUUAACAUUUUGCAUUGUAUUGCAUGUUACCAUUGAUGAGCCAAUAUUGAUACAUUAUUAACUAUAGUCCAGGGUUUACAUUUCCCUCUUUGUGUUGUACAUUCUAUGGAUUUUGACAAAUGCAUAAUAUCAUUUCACGCAGAUUAUAAGCCCUGUUUUUCAUGUCUUCACUAUAACCCCCAAAUUUGUUCCUGUGCCCUUGCUACAGCACCAUCACUUGCUGCUGCUAGUCCUCAAGCAGCCUGUCAGGGCUGCCCACCUCCCAGGGAAACUCAGCACUACUGAGCUGUCACUACCUUAUGUCUCUGCCACUGCAGAUGGCACACUACUCC